AUGGAACGUGCAGUCUUUGAUAAUGAAAAGUUUAUAAGUUUGGUGGAACCAAAUCCCUGUUUAUGGGAUACAGCGCACCCAGAUUAUUGCGAUAGAAAUAAGAAACAGCAACGCUGGGUGGAAAUUGCCAAACAAAUGUGCGACAAUUUUGAGGAGAUGACAGCAGCACAACAGAAUGAAUAUGGGAAAGAUCUUAACAAAAAAUGGAAGAAUUUAACAAAUUCUUUUGCUCGAGAGUUGGCGAAAAGAAAAAAGAAAAAAAGUGGUGACGGAGCUUCUUGGAAAACUUAUAUAUUUUCGGAACAGCUAUCUUUUUUGAUGCGAUGCUCUUCAAAUAGAGAGACCACUUCAAAUUUUACAGAGGAAAAUCAUACAAUCGAAGAAGCUUCGGAUCAUGAACAAAAUGAGUAUGUUACUCCUUUAAGGCCUAUACAUGUACAGAAAAAAAGGAAAGUGGCAUCGGAAACUGACCAUAACACUGAGAUAGUGGGCCUAUUAAAGGCAAAUCUUGCACAGCGACAAACAAACGAUAUUAUGCUAGACAAUGACGGAGACCGACAUUUCCUUCUUUCGCUACUGCCGGACUUUAGAAGAGUGCCAAUUGACAAAAAGAUGGAUGUGAAAUUGGCAAUGAUACAAUCGAUAAAAUCUGCCCUAUUACCCACUCAAUCUGCAUUUAAUUACAACCAUGUAUAACAUUUGCCGUUUUAUCCAUCCGCUCCUAAUCCCCCGUCUACACAACAUCUUCCUAUUCAUAAGUCAUCAUCUUCACAAGUGCACGUUUAUGGUCAUCCUUCUUCCACUCAUCCUCAUUUAUCUCCCCAUUCGUCAUCCAACACUUCAUUCAUUGAGUUACAAUGUUCAUCCAAUGAAAGAACAGACACUGUUCCCAUCCUCUCACCCCAUUCCGUUGAAUCAACUGCCACCUCAACAGACGGAUCCAUCAUCGAUCUUCUUGUUGAUUACCAAGGCUAAGACCAAAAUUGUGGAGCUGAUAAUUAAUUAUUAUUUUUCUUGUACUACUUUAAAUACAAAUAGAUUUAGAAAAAAACAUCUAUAAGUAUUUUUUCCUUACCUUAAUGUCAUAGAUAGUCGUUCUUUUGACGAAAUACUUCUACGCAUAGUUGUGUCCUUUUUAAUUAGUUUGUUUUCCAAAAUAUUAUGAAGUUUCUCAAAGGACUGAAUAGACAUUCGAUAAUAAUUGAAAAACUUCGAUGGAUCUUGCAACAAA